UAACGAUGUAUGUACCUAUAAUAGUAGGUCACGCUUCCCUCUCUUUUCCGCUCUGCGGCGCGCAUCUCGCCCCAACUAACGACUCACGCAGAGUCAGUACUUGAGUAGUUUGUACUCUACUCUGCUCUAGUCUCAUGCCCGUAUCCGCGUGAACAAGUUGCGAGGGCUGCUGUUGCUCCAUGGGAGAUGGCUCGUCGAUGUCGAUGGAGCUGGGCUUACCGUCUUUGGCGAUAACUAACGCGGCGAUUCGCUUGCCUUGCCUUGCCUCCGGACCCUACAUACAUCAUGCGAGGUUGGCCACAAUUCGGUUCGCCAACUACGUCAGAUGGCCGACGAUGAUCGGAAGCUCUCUUCUCCUCUCCCUCCUUCUCCUCCUGCUCUCGGCCGCCUCCUCCUCGGCAGUCCUUAUGUUUGGGUCUGUACGGUGGACGAUGUUUGGAUCUGUACGGUGGACGAUGUACCUCCUCUCGGCAGUCCGUAUGUUGGGGAAUGUACAUACGGCGGACGAUGUAUCCAACGCCUUAUCGCCCGCUCGGACGUCUGUGAGCAUCCCAGAGCAGAUACCGGUACAUACAUAAAUAAGUACCUAGACUCCUAUGUAUGUACAUAGAGCAGAGAUAGAACCCGCACCUCCUCCUGCUCCUGCUCCUGCUCCUGCUCCUCCUCCUGCUCCUCCUCCUCUCCCCGUCCUUUCCUCCUGCCUGCACCCGCCUAGAC